AUGGGUGGUCAUGGAAGGCAUGCACUAACUGUUCAGGCUGGGGAUGAAGUCCUUCAACUUUACGCUUACAAAAUUGAUCGAUGGAAGACGGUGAUCUACUAUGCACUCACCAUUUGUACACUUGGAAUUUUCCGACUAAUACUUCAUUGGCGGCAGGAUUGGUACAUCAAAGCUAGGGCGUCACGAUGCUCUCACGACGUUGCCGAUUAUGUCAAUGUGAUCGAUGAGCACAAUGUGGAGGCAUUUCGACCUAUUCGAUUGCACAUGGCCGUCGAUGGCAUAUCACCAGUGCUUCCAACGGUAAUCAUUUCUACAGGACUGUACCCUAAGCUCUUUGCUCUACUCCUCGAAUCUCAACCUUUCCAACUCCUCUUCAGAAAUAAUACCACAAAUAAAAAUAAUGCUAUAAGAUAA